CAAGCAAGAAAGAAAGAAAGAGAGAGAGUGUGUUCCCUGGCGCCAGAAGAAGAGGGAGCCUGGCUUUGGGGGGACGCCUUCUCCGCCAUGGGCCACCACUGCCUCCGAGCCUCUCCGCCGCCCCUGCUCCUGCUCUGCGUCCCGCUGCUCUUCGCUGUCGCCCGCGGAGCUCCCACGCCCGGGCCCGGGGAGCAAGGAGUACGCUGCCAACAGUACACAAACAAAACUUGUGAGGAAUGCCUGAAAAAUGUCACGUGUUUUUGGUGCGGAAGCAGCAAACAAUGCCUGGAAUAUCCUGUUCGAAAUAUCCUCCCACCCAAUUCACUUUGCCAGUUGAGUAAGGCCCGCUGGGGUGUCUGUUGGGUGAAUUUUGAAGCUCUCAUAAUUACAAUGUCCGUGGUGGGAGGAAUAAUCCUUAUUGCUCUUUGUGUUUGUUGCUGUUGUUGCUGUAGGAAAAAAAAGAACAGAAAACCUGAUAAAGAGGAUGAGAAAGUUGCCAGAGAGAGAGAGCAGAGAAGAGUAAGACAGGAAGAGAGGAGAGCAGAGAUGAAAUCAAGGCAUGAUGAAAUCCGGAAAAAAUAUGGUUUGUUUAAAGAAGAGAACCCAUAUGCCAAAUUUGAAAACAACUAAGAUUUCUUUUGAAAAGCCAAAGUAAGCUCUGCCAGUGCUGUCUAUAGAAUGUGUAGUACAGCUGCUAAGAGAUCCAGUAAAUUACAUGCCUUAAUUGCAAAUGGAAAAUUGGUCUUAAUAGAAGACAGCUGUUAAUAAACAGCAAGAUAAACGAACAAGCCAAACAUACCUCUGAAAACCAGGUGGCCUAGCAGGCUGGAGAUGUUAGAUUUUUCUUCUUUCUGUCCUGCAGGUGCCUGUGCUCUUAUAUAGUAUAGCAGAACCUUUGUUUGCUGGUCAAAUCUUGGAACAAAUUUGUUCAUGAAGUGGAGAGGAGCAGUGCACAUUUCUUGUUGUCAAUCUUUUCUAUGGUCAACAAAUUAUAGCUGUUUUUAAUUGAAGGGUAGGAGUUGGGUGGUCAUCUCAAAAAACUAGGUGGGUAGGCUAUGUGAAAGGAACAUAAGCUUUAAUUGUGCCACUAGCAAAAAGUGCCUAAAUUGAUCUUUAAAAACAUUUUGUUCACAGCACAGAUGUUUUUAUAGUGGGAUUGUGAAGGUUUGCACUUUUAUAUAUUAAUACUACUUUUUCUUCUGGACUACAUAUGCGUGUUCCUUCUGUUCCUUUGCCUCUUUUAAAUCACUUCAACUACAGAAUUAGUUAGACUGAUUUAUGUUAGUAACAGUGUGAUAUGAAUGUUUUACUGGUGCUGAUUAAAUGGUUGCUUGUAUUGGAAUUCUAAAGGCUCUUCUUAUAUUUAAGAACUUUGUACUGCUUGUAAUUAAGAAGUUGCCAAAUACCACUUGUAUCUGAAGCAAUGUAUAAUCUUGGAAAGAAUGCCCUUAGUAACCAAAUCAGAAGAAUGAAAAGGUUCCUUUUUGUAGUAAAGAACUAUAAUGAAGCCUUGGGGUUGAUUUCUGCUGCCUAGAGUAAGGCCUGCCAAUAAAAUAUUUGGCUUGAUGCAACAGCCUGUUUUUCUUCAGGCUGUUCUAUGUCAAGAGUCCUAUGCACUGGAGUUUCUUUAUGAAGACAGAUUAGUAAGGAAAGUAACUUCUUAAUGUUUACUGUCAAGUGGAAAAGUGGAUUAAAACAAAACCGUGAAAGAAUGAUUUGGAGGAUGGGCUGCACUUGGGAUGUAUAAAGUUUGUUUCUAAGGAAACUUUAAACACUACAUUUGCCUGGAGUGAAAUAUCACCUAGGUCAUAAACACAGAACUUGUGAAAAAUGUGGAAUGAUACUGUCAUUUCCCCCAGCCCAAAACUGAAAGCAUUACAUAGUAUAAAGAAAUUAAAUGCCCGCAGCCUUCUAUAAACAUACAUACAUAUGGAGGUAUAUUAAUUACUGAAGUCGUAAGUUUCCAUUGUAAUCUUAAACUUUUUAUAUAUGUUGUCAAAGUCACAAACACGUGUAAUACUUUCUAUUCAUUUAAAUAUCUUUACUCUUCUGUUGACAUCUUAAAAACAAGUUGAAAUCUGCCGACAAUGCAUAGUAAAUUCCAGAAAUACAGGAUAUUGUAUUAUAAAAACUUUCAUACAAUUAUUCUGCCAUAUUAACAAGUAAAAUGAAUUAUUUACUGUAGCAAAAAUUGUAAUUAUUUACUUAAUAAAAUAAGUAUUUAAUAUCUUA